AAUUUCUCAUUUCACUCUUCAAUUGUUUGGCUCCUUCUAGUUCCUUAGGGUCUCUCUGGCCUUCAAGUGGGUCUCUCCGGUGGUCUCCUUUUGGUUCCUUACAGUCUCUUCGGCCUUCAAGUGGGUCUCUCCGGUGGUCUGUCCGGCGCUUACCUCUUCCAAGUUCGCCUCUCUUCGCAACCACCGUGUCCCGUGGCGGUGACCCCUUCUCAACCAAUUGAUGCUGGUAGCUUUCAAAGCUGAUUUUUGCAACUAAGGGAGCUUUUUCAUUUAAGUGAUAUAGGAACCUGGUUGCUUGGACCAGAAGGAGAGGUUCUGUUAAAUCCUGGACCAGCAUGGCUACCCAGACAAUAGCUGAAACUGCACAGAAAAUUGUCACCCCUGAAACCCUCCGGUAUGCAGCCAAACAAUCCCAACGUUGCCUUGUUGUCCCUGUCCCUCUUCGCCGUGCCAUUAAAAAGUACCUUCAAGAGCAGGAGGAGCCAUAUAUGAAGAGGAAAGUCUUGAGAUUGUCUCAAUCGUUCAAGGAAAUCAAGGAUGUCAAUCUACAGCUGGCAACCACUACAUCGAAGGAGAUAGUUGAAGACCCUUUAAAGUCUCUUGAACAAUCAAAACGUUGGAAGAUUAAGAGCUCUUAUGGCGAUAUUGGUCUCACGUAUAGAGAGGAUGAGACAAUUGCUUAUGUGGCUUCUAGAAUGCCUGCGGUGUACUCCGCUUGUUAUAGAGUACUUAAAGAGGUUCGUAGAAGGCUUCCUGGUUUCUCCCCAGCUAAGGUAUUGGAUUUUGGUGCCGGGACGGGUUCAGCUUUCUGGGCACUGCAAGAAGUUUGGCCAAAAUCUUUAGAGAAAGUUAAUUUAAUAGAACCAUCACAGUCAAUGCAGCGUGCGGGUCGAAGCCUCAUACAAGGUCUCAAGAACUUGCCACUUAUUCAUAGCUAUGAUAGCAUUCAAGCACUUUCUAAAAGUAUCGGUAAAUCAGAGAGGGGGCAUGAUCUCGUAAUUGCUUCCUAUGUGCUUGGAGAGAUCCCGUCACUAAAGGAUCGAAUUACCAUAGUUCGCCAGCUUUGGGAUCUAACAAAGGAUGUUCUGGUUUUGGUUGAACCUGGAACACCUCAUGGCUCUAAUAUUAUAGCUCAGAUGAGAUCUCACAUACUAUGGAUGGAAGAAAGAAAAUACCGUAAAUAUUCUCAUAAGAACAAUGAAGUUUGCAAAGAUUUGAUGACUCAGAAGGCUGGUGCUUUUGUAGUUGCUCCUUGUCCUCAUGAUGGGACUUGUCCACUGGUCAAAUCUGGAAAAUAUUGUCAUUUUGUUCAGCGCUUGGAAAGAACAUCAUCACAACGUGCCUACAAGCGUUCAAAGGGUGAACCUUUACGUGGCUUUGAAGAUGAGAAAUUUUCCUAUGUUGCUUUCAGACGAGGACAAAGACCGAGGGAACCUUGGCCCCUUGAUGGUGUGAAAUUUGAGACUCUUAAGGAACAACAUGCAAAAAGAAAUCCCGAGGAUCUUGAAAUCGACUACGAGGACUGGUUGAAGUUGCAACAAGCUGAUGAUGCUCCUCGUGAAGCAGUAAAUGCAGUAACUUAUGAUUCUGAUGCUUUGGAAGCUGAUGAUGAUGCUGAUGCUGAUGAUGAUAAUGAAGAGGACAACGAAGAGGAAGAAGAAACAGCUAGUGCUGAUCUUGGAGGUGGCUGGGGCAGAAUUGUGUUCAUGCCUGUCAGAAGGGGUAGACAGGUCACAAUGAAUGUGUGUAGAUCCACCAAAAGGGAUGCCUCAGAGGGUUCAUAUGACCGUAUUGUUGUAACACAGAGCAAGAAUCCUACCUUGCAUCAUCAGGCAAAAAGAUCUAUUUGGGGUGACCUAUGGCCUUUUUGAAGCAAAACAAUGUGUGGUGUUAAUUUAUUUUGUCAUUUCCUCUGCCUCUCAUUUAUGUACCAAUAUUUAAGGGCUAUGCCUUAUAAAUUGAGGAAAAGAAAU